AUGUAUUCCAGAGCUGCACCGCCACACAUGCUAGUGUUAGCAAUAACAUUGGUGUUGGUUAUGCAUGCAAAGGGGGAGUCAGCUCAAGAGAAACAGAAAUGUGCAGAAUCACUGACAGGGGUUGCAACGUGUCUGCCAUAUUUGGGUGGUGAGGGAAGAGCACCAACAGCAGAUUGUUGCAGUGGUCUCACACAAGCCUUGAAGAGCAACAAGAAGUGCAUCUGCGUUAUUCUCAAAGACAGGGAUGAUCCUGACCUUGGCUUGAAGAUUAAUAUUACAAUUGCUGUUGGUCUCCCCUCUCUUUGCAAAACACCUGAUAAUCUCUCCCAGUGUCCUGCUAGAGCAAGUUCUGAAAAUGGUAGAAACCAGGGACUCAGAAACGGACACUAG